AUGCUCAACCUUCGAGUUGCCUCCAAGUCUGCACACACAUCAAACACUUCUUCUCAGUAUAAUUCUGAAGGUCUGUACAUGCAGAUGAUGAGCUUGCACUUUGCAUCCAGCCUUGUUGGAGAUUUGGGUGGACCUCUCGAUGAUGGUUCACUUUCAGUCAUGGAUCACAAGGAUGAAGACAGCUCAUCUGAGCCAACUCAUGAUAGUCCAGUACUUAACGAGGAAAUUGAGCUGAUAGAUCUUGGCAAGGGAAAACAGAGAGAUGGAAUGAAUGAAGGCACGUUCACCGGCAAUGUAUCCACUCUUGAGAUUGUUGAAUGUAGGCGGUCUGGUUGA